AUGUUGUACUGUAUGAUAGCAACGCAUGGCACUCGUGGCAUUUUGCAGGACUCAUUAAGUUUUCUACACCUAUGCCAUUCACUUGUGCUCGAUAGAGCAAUUCAAAAUCUGAAUUUUGAGACAAGAAGAGACCACACAUCUGUAGCUGUCACCGUCAGUGAUAAUAGCGACCGGGGUAUCAACGGCAAGGCAGCAAUUGAUUUCAAGCGUUCUUCUGCACGACCAGAUCUGGUGUUGUAUCGCAAUGGUAUCGAGUAUGGUGCUGCUGAGGGUGGAAACAUCAACGAUGAUGGCAUGAGCAAGAUAGAAAUUGUAGAGUCGCAUUUACACUGCCCUAAAGUUCUAAAGAACAUGCUUGAUCAUGCUGCUGCAAAAGCUGGCGAGAACAACGAGCAAUUAGUACGACCACUACGGGUUAUUGGCUUCUAUCAAUUUCGGAAGCUCUACUUGUCUGCUUGUUGA